AUGGCGGACAUGAUACAACUACAAACCGGCUGCCCUGCCUAUAUCGAAGGCGUCAACACUUCAUAUGGAUAUGUCCCUUCGCUAGGAGCAGGCAUUGCCUACUGCGUACUCUUCGGUCUUUCAAUGAUCCUCCACACAGUCCAAUUCGCCUGGAAACGACAAUGGUGGGCAAGCGUGUUUAGUGUCGGAUGUCUAGUCGAAGUAAUCGGCUGGGCCGGCCGUACCUGGUCAGCCAAAUGUCCAUACAAUAGUGUCGCCUUCCUAAUGCAAAUCUCCACCCUCAUAAUCGCCCCAACCUUCUUCACAGCAGGAAUCUACGUCCUCCUAGGCCGCUUCAUCCAACUCCUCGGCCCAGACUCCUCAAUCAUAUCACCAAAACUAUACCUCUGGAUCUUCUGCACCUGCGACGUAAUCUCGCUCGUCGUCCAAGCCGUCGGCGGCGGCAUGGCCUCCGGCGAAGCCGACAAAAUCGGCGGCGACACAGCAACCGGCACGCACAUCAUGGUCGCUGGUAUCGUCUUCCAGCUCUUUUCAAUUACAAUCUUCGUCUUCUGCGCGGCGGAUUUCAUCAGACGGGUUAUGCGCAAGCGGCUCCUGCAGUCCGUGACCGGCUCUGUUAUCCCCCUGUUCGCCGCGAUGAUACUUUCCAUCGUCUGUAUCUAUAUUCGUUCUAUUUAUCGUACGAUCGAGUUGUCGCAGGGAUGGGAUGGGUAUCUUAUUACGCAUGAGUCGUAUUUUAUCGCGCUUGAUGGGGCUAUGAUGGUCGUUUCUGUUGCUAUCUUUAAUGUUUUGCAUCCUGGGUGGAUGUUGCCGAGUGGGAAGUCGGAUGGGUAUAAGAUGGAGACGCUUUCGGUUGAUAGACCGGAUUAUGGGAGUUCGCCUACGAACUGGUGA